AUGGCAGUUUAUGAUCAUAGUGGAGACAUCAAUAAAACUCAGCUCGAUACAUCAAGGAAAAGGAAAUCUAGAACUAGACGUGACGGUGUCACUGUGGCUGAGAAGCUUCAGAUAUGGAAAGAGUACAACGAGACCGCAGAAGAAGCUUCUACCAAGAAACGGAAAGUCCCUGCUAAAGGAUCUAAGAAAGGUUGUAUGAAAGGCAAAGGAGGACCAGAGAAUAGCCGAUGCAGUUUCAGAGGAGUUAGGCAGAGGAUUUGGGGUAAAUGGGUCGCUGAGAUCAGAGAGCCAAACCGAGGCAGUAGGCUUUGGCUUGGUACUUUCCCGACUGCUGAAGAAGCUGCUUCUGCUUAUGACGAAGCUGCUAAGGCUAUGUAUGGUCCACUGGCUCGUCUUAAUUUCCCUGAGCCCGCUGUGUCUGAUGUCGCGAGUACGUCGAGUCAGUCUGAGGUUUGCACGGUUGAGACUCCUGUGGGUGUUCGUGUGAAAACAGAGGACGCAGACUGCGAAUCCAGACCCUUCUUCUGUGAAGCUAAACCGGUGAAUCGUACGGAGAAUGGCGCACAUGUGAGCGCAGAAGAGAUGAAGAAGGAUGUCAAGGUAGAUGUUAAUGUAGGAGUUCCAAACAAGGAUUGGCUGAGCGAGUUCGAACACAAGUAUUGGAAUGGAAUUCUGAAGGAGAAACAGAAACAGAAGGAGCUAGAGAUUGCAGGAACCUGCUGUCAGCAGCCGGGUACACUCUCUGUUUCAGAUUACGGAUGGCCUAACGAUCUGGAUCAGAGUCAAUGGGACUCUUCAGAGAUGUUUGACGUGUCUGAGCUACUAGGCGACUUAAACGGCGACAUUUUCACAGGCAUGAGCCAGGACCAGUACCCGGUGAACGAUGUUGCCGGUGGCCUGUUGGAGCCCGGGAAGCAGCAAGUGGGGCUUAGUUCUGAUUACGGAUUGCCUCCACUUCAGUUCGAGGCACAGGAUGGUAAUGAGUUAUUCGAUCUUAGUUUCUUGGAUGUGAAGAACUGA